AUGGAAGCUAUAGUAAAGAACGCUAUACAGCAAUUUUGUGAAGAAAAUAACCUCUUGCAGGAUUUUCAACAUGGCUUCAGGAGAGGACGUUCCUGCCUCUCAAAUUUGCUAGCUUGUCUGGAAAUCUGGACCAGGGCUCUAGAAGAGGGUUUUGAGGUCGAUGUCGUGUACAUCGAUUUCCGCAAAGCUUUUGACACUGUCCCACACCAACGUCUUCUUCACAAAUUGAGCGACAUCGGCAUCCGGGGAGAUCUUCUGAACUGGAUUAGGGCGUUUCUGGUUGGUCGGAAGCAACGUGUCUGUAUCGGGGAUGAUAUGUCAGAAUGGGUGAAUGUGACCAGUGGUGUGCCGCAAGGCUCAGUUCUGGGACCAUUGCUCUUCAUCCUUUAUGUUAACGACGGCCUUCAGGAACUCGACUGCGGCAAAAUAAUGUUUGCAGACGACGUUAAGCUCUGGCAAGUCAUUAAGGGUCCGAAUGAUCAGAGAUCCCUUCAAGAUAAUCUGCACCGACUGCAAGCGUGGUCGAAGAAAUGGCUUCUAGAUUUCAAUGUGGAGAAGUGUGCCGUCCAUCAUCUGCGUCCAACCAACUCUCAUUCAAAUGAGAGUCUGAGGACUUAUCACCUGAAAGAUAUAAGGCUCCCCGCAGAAUCUUCUCAGAAGGAUCUCGGGGUGUGGAUACAGAACAACCUGAAACCAACACUGCAGUGCCACAAGGCUCCAAAAAACGCCAUGGGAGUGCUGCAUGCAAUAAAAAGGGCUUUCGUAAAUUUUGCCCAAGACCUUUUUGGGAGAGUUUACGGCACAUUUGUUCGGCCCCACCCAGAAUAUGGCAUACAAGCAUGGCGGCCAUGGCUGGUAGAGGACCAGGAAUGCCUCGAACGGGUACAACGGUGUGCAACAAAGCUGGUAAACGGUCCAAAAAGCCAUUCCUACACAGACAGACUGAAUUGCCUUAAUUUAUUCCCUCUGUGUUACAGGCAGCAAAGAGGUGAUCUUAUCCUCGUCUACAAGAUAAUACAUGGCCUUGAGUAUGGACUUAAAUUUGAGGACAUGUUUCAGUGACACCUUUCACCCAAUCUUCGUGGUCACUCGAUGAAGUUACGGACAACAAUGUCCAGGCUGAAUCUUCGUUCUGAAUUUUUUACGCAGAGGGUAGUGGAGAAAUGGAACAAUCUCCCUCAGUCAGUCGUGGAGGCUACAUCCCUGCAACUCUUCAAGAAAUGCUUGGAUGAUUAUUUGUGUCUCCUGUUUUCCCUCGACGGUCUGAAUCUGAACUAAUACCCCUGGUCCCCACAAAUAUUUUCUCUGAGACAAUGCUACUCAAAUGAACCAAGUACUGUUUUAAUAGUGAAUAUUUUUUGUUCGUGUACAGUUAUUUCUAACGAGCUGACAUGUAAUCAAUAGGGUUUUCAAAGUCUUUGCCUAUUAUCCUUACCAAACAAACUGACAUAAACUGAAAGAGCGACCAAGCUAGUCGGCGGAUUAAAUGGCUUACCUUACUAGAGACGCCUGGAAAGGCUAAAAAUAUUUUCUCUCUCUUAUAGACAAAAGAGAGGGGAUAUGAUAAUGGCAUUCAGGAUCGUCUGAGGGCUAGACUGUGCUCUUAAGUUUGACGAUUUCUUCGAACUGGCGUGGAAGACAAAUCUUCGAGGGCACCAAUACAAAUUGAAGACGAAACAUGCCAAACUCGAAUUGCGGACCAAAUUCUUCUCCCGCCGACUGGUUGAAGGAUGGAACAAAUUUCCGAACUCCGUUGUCUUGGCGGAAAACGUCGAGACCUCCAAAAGAGGACUAGACAAAUUUAUGCCUUAGGGUCAAACAUUUACACGAUCUCGAUGACCAGCAUAACUGCUAUGUAAAUAUCUGCAUGUUUUUUUAUACGUCCAUCUGUAAAUAGGAUUUUCAAAUAGUCUGCCUUUAUACCUCAUAUAUAGUAAAUUAUACUGAAUAAUCCCUCUUCCAUAGAGUUCUUUCCCCAGCAACUCGAAUUUCGGAUGCAGAAAUAUGACUAUACAUACGAACAAGAGCGCAGUAGUCACGUCGACCAAGUUGCGUGUGGGAUUCCAAUACAAGAAUGCAACUAUCAUCCCUAAUGUUGAUGAGGUCUAAGCAACUGCACCGCUGUUAAUUUCUGAAUCGAGUGUCCACUGUAACAUUUUGGGUAAGGAACUCAUUUGUGAUCAGUUGAAUAAGUUUAUGUUCGAAGGAGUUUUCUGAUCGCGUGCAAUGCAUCAAAUUCCACUCUAUGUCUAGACAGUUAAAGUCACCAAGUAACCUUAUGUGUUUACUUUGACAAUUUUUUUUAUCUCGUUGAUGAGUGCAUCGUCCACAUCCGUCCGCUGGCCUGGCGGUCUGUAAACCAGGGCCAUAUGUAGGCCUGGAUGGUUUGGCACAUUCAAGUAACAACUGAGUAUUUCACAAUCAAUGUUCCGAAAUGGGGAAUGCUCAACUCGGACGUAGUCGAUGCCAUUUCGUACAAAUACCAAAAUCCCUCACCUUUGUUCGAUUCGGUCCAUCCGGAGAAGCUGGAAAGCAUUAAGCAUAACUUCCGCGUCUUUUAUCUGCGCAUUUAACCAUGCUCCUGUUAAAGCUAUGAAGUUGUGUCGGAAAUGGGCCACGGUGAGUUUGAUUCAUUCCAAUUUGUUGUAUAAACUCUGCACAUUUGUGUACAUCAUUUUUAUAUUAUUCGUUUGUUUAGAUCUCUGAAAAUUGUUUGCAAGUGCUUUUCACUGAUAGUUACGACUUCAUAUUUCAGAUGCUGUACCAGGUCCAUUUGUCGAUUCUGAAUUUACUGAACUUUGUCGGAACCGAGCGCCGGUGCUUUUACCGUCAAGGCCACCGGGUUCUUGGAUUUCAGCAGAUCGUGCUUCACCCUCUCUUUCGGGCUGCCACUAGGUGCUUCAGGAACUCCUUGCACUACCACACAACGUGAUAUCUCGGGGAGAAAACUGGUGGUUAAAUCCUGCCCUCUUUUGCUGGCGAUAUAUUGAGUCUCAGAUUCUAGGACUGCCUUUAUGGCUGUAUCCAGAACAUUUGCUAAGUCGCUCGCGUCCGUGAUAUAUUCUGUAACGGGUACUCCUUUUAUAAGAGCCUUUUACUUGUGACUGAGUCUAGCGCCCGUUGUUGUCGCACAUCUUUUGACUGACUGAGCGUUCUUUUCCAGUUUAGACGUUUCGCUAUUUCCAGAUGAACUAGCUAUUGGCCUAGCGAAACUCAGAUCCGUGUACGAUUCAUUCAUCUUCCUGUUGAUAUCACUUCCUUCUAUGUUUCAGUGUUAUUCGUUGAAAAAGCUAACCUCGGUUUCUUUCGAAGCCUCCUCUUAAAUAUUCUGGCUUGGUUUCGGCCCGCAAGUUGUUCCGAUAUCUUUAUUGUUCAAUAUAGUUGGGAGCCUCCGGCGGUCCUUCGUAGGCCUUACAUCAAGUUUUAUGGGCAUUUCUCCAAAUAACAUUAUUAAGUUUACAAGUUUCAAACGGUGUUCUUAAAGGUAUGAGACGAAUAUUCAACCAGAGCUGAGAUAUGAGGCAAAUGACUCAGCCUUUCGUAAGUUUUCGGGAUUUCUCAGUGCUUUUGCAGAGAGGCGACUGGACAAAGAUAGGUUAUCCCGCACAAGUCCUGGUGUAAGUGUCCGCGAAGACAAUUCGGAGUCUUAAUACCCACGAGCCGUGAGGAAGUCCAGUAGAUAGAAAUCCCGAUGAAAGUGAAAUGCUCCGAGGUCGAAAAUUUCAAACCAAAUGUCUAAAACUGAUAAAAAUGCAGCACACAUUGUUUUCAAAUGGCGGGGGUAGAUGAAAACGUCAGUUCAAAUCUCAGUUCUUGGUUCACUCGUAGGUCCGGCCCAUGCACCAGAGCCAAUCUAUGACCAUUCGAAAUGUUGGCUCACCCACGUCCAUUCUCUGAAAACAAAUAAUGAGAAGUGGUUCGCUUGUGCGAUUAAUUUCACAGGUUAAUCUAUGCAACGAACGUAUUUCAAACACUUGCGCUUAUUGCUUAGCUUAAUAAGUGGUUGCUAGUAAACUGCGAAGCUAAAUGGUUCCUGAUACUUAAGAAUGCGAGACACUUGCUUAGUAAAUUUAGUGCAAUACACGCUGCUAUUGGUUCUCUUCCUACAUACUAUUCCGCUGUAUUUUUUCAAAGAAACUUCCGACUUGCAACUUUGCUACGCUUAGACCGAAUUUCGCUGUUUUCAGCUUUGUGGCCGACUUUCCAAGUCUGGGACAGGACUGCGGGCAACAGGCAGCAUUAAAUCCGUAGAGCUUCUGCUAGUGCAUUACUGAAGCCAGCGUGUUCUCAUAUUAUAACGGAAUCGCCAGGCCGCAUUCGACUGUACUAGUGCGACUGGUUUUCUGAAAUGGGUCCAUGGAGUACUGUGUUAUGAUUAUUGACCUUGCAAAAGGAGUGCGGUUAUCUGCGUAAGUCACAGUCCAAACGAGUGCCUGGGAGUUUGAACAAAUACCGGAAAUAUCAACAAUGCAAAUUUUGCUACUAAAGUUGGCAAACCCACAAAAAUGCUGUUAUUAAUGCUUUUCUAAAAGAGCGUCAAUGUGUAUAUUCAUAGUUCUCAGAGAAUGUGCACCAAUUUAGACUACUACUACUACUACUACUACUACUACUACUACUACUACUACUACUACUACUACUACUACUACUACUACUACUACUACUACUACUACUACUACUACUACUACUACUACUACUACUACUACUACUACUACUACUACUACUACUACUACUACUACUACUAA